GCUCGUGAUGACAUCCUGAACGGUUCCCAACCUGUCUCCUUUGACAAAGACCGCGAGUUCGCUGGAUACCAGUGCCAGAUCCAGUUUGGGCCACACAACGAGCAGAAGCACAAGCCAGGCUUUCUGGAACUCAAGGACUUCCUGCCCAAGGAGUACAUCAAGCAGAAAGGGGAGCGUAAGAUCUUCAUGGCCCACAAGAACUGUGGGAACAUGAGUGAGAUUGAGGCCAAAGUUCGCUAUGUGAAACUUGCCCGUUCCCUCAAGACCUAUGGGGUCUCCUUCUUCCUGGUUAAGGAGAAGAUGAAGGGGAAGAACAAGCUGGUGCCACGACUGCUGGGCAUCACCAAGGAAUGCGUGAUGCGUGUGGACGAGAAGACCAAGGAAGUGAUUCAGGAGUGGAGCCUGACCAACAUCAAGCGCUGGGCAGCAUCACCCAAGAGCUUCACUCUGGAUUUUGGAGAUUACCAGGAUGGUUACUACUCGGUGCAGACGACGGAAGGGGAGCAGAUCGCUCAGCUGAUUGCAGGAUACAUUGAUAUCAUCCUCAAAAAGAAAAAGAGCAAAGACCACUUUGGACUGGAGGGGGAUGAGGAGUCCACCAUGCUGGAAGACUCUGUGUCUCCAAAAAAGCCAACUGUCUUGCAGCAGCAAUUUAACCGUGUUGGCAAGGCAGAGCUGGGCUCGGUGGCUCUGCCAGCCAUCAUGCGGACAGGGGCUGGAGGGCCAGAAAACUUCCAGGUGGGCACGAUGCCACAGCCUCAGCUGCAAAUCACCAGUGGCCAGAUGCACCGAGGGCACAUGCCUCCCCUGACUUCGGCCCAGCAAGCCCUGACUGGCACCAUCAACUCCAGCAUGCAGGCUGUGCACGCAGCCCAGGCCACGCUGGACGACUUUGAGACCUUGCCGCCCCUCGGACAGGAUGCUGCAUCCAAAGCGUGGCGCAAGAACAAGAUGGAUGAGUCGAAGCAUGAGAUCCACUCCCAGGUGGAUGCUAUUACUGCUGGCACUGCCUCAGUGGUCAACCUCACUGCAGGGGAUCCAGCGGACACAGACUAUACUGCCGUGGGCUGUGCUGUCACCACCAUCUCUUCCAACCUGACGGAGAUGUCCAAGGGUGUGAAGCUGCUGGCUGCGCUGAUGGAGGAUGAAGGAGGGAAUGGGCGGCAGCUUCUGCAGGCAGCCAAGAACCUGGCAAGCGCUGUCUCGGACCUGCUGAAAACAGCACAACCUGCCAGCGCUGAGCCUCGCCAGAAUCUCCUGCAGGCUGCCGGCCUUGUGGGCCAGACCAGCGGGGAGCUGCUGCAGCAGAUUGGGGAGAGUGACACUGACCCCCGGUUCCAGGACAUGCUUAUGCAGCUAGCGAAGGCAGUGGCCAGCGCUGCGGCCGCGCUGGUGCUCAAAGCCAAGAACGUGGCUCAGAAGACAGAGGACUCGGCACUGCAGACGCAGGUGAUCGCUGCGGCCACCCAGUGCGCCCUCUCCACCUCCCAGCUGGUGGCCUGCACCAAGGUAGUGGCUCCCACGAUCAGCUCACCAGUCUGCCAGGAGCAGCUGAUUGAGGCUGGCAAGUUGGUGGCCAAGUCGGCGGAGGGCUGCGUGGAGGCUUCCAAGGCAGCCACCAGUGAUGACCAGCUCCUGAAGCAGGCCACUGACACCAUCCUCAACGUCACUGAGAACAUAUUCAGCUCUAUGGGAGAUGCUGGGGAGAUGGUGCGGCAGGCUCGUAUUCUGGCCCAGGCCACCUCCGACCUUGUCAAUGCCAUCAAAGCUGACGCAGAGGGAGAGACAGACUUGGAGAACUCACGCAAGCUGCUGAGUGCAGCCAAGAUCCUGGCUGAUGCCACUGCCAAGAUGGUGGAGGCUGCAAAGGGAGCCGCAGCCCACCCGGACAGCGAGGAGCAGCAGCAGCGGCUGCGCGAGGCCGCGGAGGGGCUGCGCAUGGCCACCAACGCUGCAGCCCAGAACGCCAUCAAGAAGAAGCUCGUGCACAAGCUGGAGGUGGUGGCAGAGCAGAUCCCGAUGCUGGUGCAGGGUGUACGAGGAAGCCAAUCCCAGCCUGAGAGCCCCAGCGCCCAGCUGGCUCUCAUUGCUGCCAGCCAGAACUUCCUGCAGCCCGGUGGAAAGAUGGUGGCUGCAGCCAAGGCCACUGUCCCCACCAUCACAGACCAAGCCUCAGCGAUGCAACUCAGCCAGUGUGCCAAGAACUUGGCUGCAGCUCUGGCCGAGCUCCGCACGGCCGCCCAGAAGAUGGAGAAGUGCGCCCAGGAUCUGGGGAACAGCACAAAAGCCGUCAGCUCUGCCAUCGCUCACCUCCUGGGAGAGGUGGCCCAGGGCAACGAGAACUACACAG